CAAGCCAGAGGUCAAACCGAGGUCAGAGGUCAACCCGACUCCUGUUCACCCACCAGAGGCUGACCCAGUUGCCAGUGACGCCCCAGCCGGCAGCCCGCCCGCCUCUGAACCGCCAGCAAUAAACUCUGAUUCGGACCCUGCCGCCGCUUGCGCGCCUCAGAUCGAUUCAACCACUAACAGUGAUACUUCCAACAUGGCUGACGACGACAGCAAGUUCCUCUUCUUGGACAAUGACUUCCGUAACAGCGGGGUGGCGCAAGCUGAUUGGGCAGCCAAGAAGAUGGUGUGGAUACCGUCGGAGAGGGAGGGUUUCGAGGCGGCCAGCAUAAAGGAGGAAAAGGGUGAUGAGGUGCUGGUGCAGCUCUCCAACGGACAGAAAGUGACGAUCAACAAAGAUGACAUCCAGAAGAUGAACCCGCCGAAGUUCAGCAAAGUGGAGGACAUGGCCGCCCUCACCUUCCUCAAUGAGGCAUCUGUCCUCCAAAACCUGCGAGAGAGAUACUUCUCCAGUCUGAUCUAU